UGAGGUACACAUGCCUGAGGACCUAAACAAGAAAACAGGAAAUCCACUCAACUUGGGGAGACCAACUAGGGUUUUAUGGAAAAGAACCUAUUCACAAGGGGAGAACAGAGCAGCUCCCCAGUCAUCAACAGAUAACUUAAUAGGAACAUAUCAAGGAGCUGAGCCUCAAGUCUUUCAGAAGCCCAUUGAAAUGAACUGGCCAUUGGUCACUCAGCCCUUAAACAAAAGUUCAGUCCAAGGCCACAGUUGGCAGAAAGCAGGUGCAACCCAAGAGAAACGUAGGUCUUUCCUUCAUGAGUUUUGCAAGAAAUACGGUGGAGUAAAUGAUCCCCCGUCCAACCUUUUUCGAAUGGUAUCUAGGAUCUAUGUAGAAGACAAACACAAAAUCCUGUACUGUGAAGUACCAAAGGCUGGCUGCUCUAAUUGGAAAAGGGUUCUGAUGGUCCUAAAUGGAUUAGCUUCCUCUACAUACAAUAUUUCUCAUGGUACUGUGCACUAUGGGAAGCAUCUGAAGACAUUAAAUAGCUUUGACUUAAAAGGAAUAUACAUGCGUUUGAAUACCUAUACCAAAGUUGUGUUUGUUCGAGAUCCCAUGGAAAGAUUAGUGUCAGCAUUUAGAGAUAAAUUCGAGCAUCCCAAUAGUUAUUACCAUCCAGUGUUUGGGAAGGCAAUUAUAAAGAAAUACCGACCAAAUGUCUAUGCAGAAACAGUGAAUAAUGGAUCUGGAGUGAAAUUCAAAGAAUUCGUCUCCUAUUUGCUGGAUGCUCACCGUCCAGUAGGAAUGGAUAUCCACUGGGAACGGGUCAGCAAACUGUGUUAUCCGUGUUUGAUCAACUACAACUUUGUAGGGAAGUUUGAAUCAUUGGAAGAAGAUGCCAAUUACUUUCUCCAGCUGAUUGGUGCUCCAAAGGAGCUGAAGUUUCCAAACUUUAAGGAUCGGCACUCCUCUGAUGAAAGAACCAGCGCUCGAGUGGUAAGGCGGUACUUAAAGGACCUGAGCAGAGCGGAGAGACAGCUCAUCUAUGACUUCUACCACUUGGACUAUUUGAUGUUCAAUUACACAGCUCCACAUUUGUAAUUUGCAUUCAUUUUCUAAAGCCCUGCAUUGACUUAAUGAUGAUGGCCUGAAAUCAACUACUGUAAUUUUCCUACAAUUCUCUGUAUGGGGGAAAUUUAACUAAGUGAAGUUGUCUUGAUUGAAUGAAGAUUUUUUUUUUCUAAACCAAAGAGUAUGACAGCAAUUGGCACAAAGUUAUUGGAAAAUCAUCUCAAGGAGACAUGUAAACAACUUGAUGUGCUUUUAAAUGUUGGAGAAAGGGCUGUUUUGGCAUUGUGACUUAUACCAUGGAAGCAAUAAUCUAGCCAGCUGUUACAUUAACCAAGAAAGCCUCUUGCAUGUAAAAUAAGGGGGUCAAAAAUGGAGAGAACUAUGUAUCCAAAUCCUGGCAUCUAUCAUCAACCAUGUUCGCAUUUUAGCAGUCUGUGGCACAUGCAUCAGAUGACUGGGUGGUGGUCUUAUUAUCCUCAUGGAUCUCACUAUCUACUGUGAUGAUGAAUCCAUUCUGAAAUGUUUGGGCAUAGGCAUUUUACUAUCGAUCUGGAGGCAUUCUGUGAUUUACAAUAUAACAAUAGAGCAGAAAAACA